CUGUUGUAUCCAGAUGUGACCGCUGUUUCUCUCUGUCGUCAGAUGGUGGGAAAGAUGGGCGGAGAAGCCAUGUCCCACCUCAACAGCUCCUCAGGAAGUGUCGAGCCUUCGCUGUACUACCCGGGCCAGAAACGACCCGGAGAGGAUGGAGUAGGCAACCAGCUAGCAGCCAUGGGACAUCAGAGCAGGGUAAUCACAGAGGAUUACAAGGUCCCCGACAGGAUGGUGGGCUUCAUUAUUGGACGAGGAGGUGAACAGAUCACCAGGAUCCAGCUGGAGUCCGGCUGCAAGAUCCAGAUUGCUGCAGACAGCGGAGGUCUGAUGGAGCGGCCAUGUUCUCUGACUGGGACUCCAGAGAGCAUCGAGCAGGCGAAGCGUCUCCUGGUCCAGAUUGUGGAUCGCUGUAGAAACGGUCCGGGUUUCCACGGUGACGGGGAUGGUGGAGCCUCCGUGCAGGAGAUGCUGAUCCCAGCCAGUAAGGUGGGGCUGGUGAUUGGUCGAGGUGGGGACACCAUCAAACAGCUGCAGGAGAGAGCAGGCGUGAAGAUGAUGAUGAUCCAGGACGGUCCGAUGCCGACAGGAGCCGACAAACCUCUCCGCAUCUCUGGAGACCCGUACAAAGUGCAGGCAGCGAGGGAGUUGGUGUUGGAGGUGAUCCGGGAGAAGGACGGAGACUUCAGGUCAGGACGCAACGACUUCAGCGCCCGACUGGGAGGAACCAACCUGGAUUCUGUCCCUCUGCAGGUUCCUGUUCCCCGGUUUGCUGUCGGCAUUGUGAUCGGCAGGAACGGAGAAAUGAUCAAGAAGAUCCAGAAUGACGCCGGAGUCCGAAUCCAGUUUAAAGCAGAUGAUGGCAUCAGUCCAGAGCGUGUUGCCAUGGUGAUGGGUCAGCCAGACCGCUGUCAGCAUGCUGUCCACCUCAUCAAUGAGCUCAUCCAGACCGCACAGGAGCGUGAUGGUUUUGGCUCCGCCCUGCGGGGUGGGAGGGUCAGAGGUCGUGGUGAUUGGACUAUGGGCUCUCCUGGUCCGCUACAGGAAGUCACCUACACCAUCCCUGCUGACAAGUGUGGCCUGGUCAUCGGCAAAGGAGGAGAGACCAUUAAGAGUAUUAACCAGCAGUCUGGAGCUCAUGUGGAGCUGCAGAGGAACCCUCCACCCUCCACCGACCCCAACACCCGGGUCUUCACCAUCAGAGGCACCGCCCAGCAGAUGGACCUGGCCCGCCAGCUCAUAGACGACAAGAUCGGGGGUUCAGGUAUUAUGAGUAAUGGAGGUUUUGGCUUCAGUCCCUUCACCCAGGGCCCAGCUACACACCAGAACUGUGGCAGCGGUCAAACCUUCCUGACUGGAGUUUGGGGAAACACCUACCAGACCAGCUGGCAGAACCCUGGACAACAAGACCCUGGUCACAGUAUGGCUCAGACAGGACAGAUGGACUACUCUAAAGCAUGGGAGCAGUACUAUAAGAAGCUAGGUCAGCAGAACCAGCCUCAGAGCUUGAUGACAGACUACAGUAAGGCCUGGGAGGACUACUACAAGAAACAAAGUCAGUCGUCUCAGCAGAGUUCGGUGCCGGACUACUCUGCAGCGUUAGCAGAAUACUACAGACAGCAGCCCUACCUGUGGAACCCCGCCCAGAUACAGGAUCACUAGAGGCUCCUCCCUCACCGGUGAAGGCCUCGGAUGGUCGUCGACGGCAACCGAAUCGGGGUUUCCUAGCAACGCUCUGCCGCUUCCUCCUUCCUUUUGUAGAGAAAAACUAAGGAUUAACUGAAAUCACGAACUCUUUUCUUUCUGUUUUUUAACCUUACAAAGUUGAUAUUUUGUCGGGCAAAUUUUUUUGGACUAGCCUCGGGUCUCCACCGCGUAGACCUGUUUUUUCUUUUUGUUUCGUUUUUUAUCAAACUUGAACUUAAAGAUGUAUCAGUGUGGCUUUGAACAAAAAAAAUCCAGUAUAAUCUAUAUUUUGUCUAGUUUUAUUUUCCAAUAAGAAAACGGUAUAAGGCUUAGCAGUCUUGAGUAAGAAAAUCAGAUAUUAUUAUUAUUUUGUUUAUGAUAAUGUUUUAAAGCAUGCGUCAGAUUGUGUGUUGACUCUCAGUUAUUUUUUUUUUUAUUUUGGCAUAGAAAUAUUUUAAUAGCGUCAGAUGGAAAUUUAAUGUUUUACCGUCAGAGACAAAAACUGUUUUUUGUACUAAAUUUGUGCUCGCUGGGUCUGUUUGUUCACCAUCUAAUUUUACCUGUUAAGUCGCCAUCUUGGAGGUGCAAUGACGCGUUUAUUGUUUUCUGGUUUGAUGAUAGUUCUUACACCUGUAUCUCUAUAGUGAUUCUUUAGUUUUUAUGAUGUAAUGAUGAAUAAAUGACGAUUUAUAUUGAGUUGUCUAAAGCCAGAUCUCUCUGUGGUCAAACACUCUGUGUCCUCCACAGGAUGUAACUCCAGCCGGCACCACGUUCCCCACCUCAACUUUCAGUACAAAAAAAAACGGGGAAAUUACUAUUUUCUUACACAGUGAAACUUUAUUAUUGUUGUUGUAACUUAGUUCUGCAUUUCUACUUUGCCGAUUUGUUUGUAGAAGACGUGUUUAGGAGCUGAACAAUGAAGUUAUCGAUUCUAUUAGCGAUGUCCCGGCUAAACAAGUGCGUCAGCUAAAUAAGCGUGUUAGCCGAAUGAUGUUUGUUAGCAAAAAGACGUGUGUUACCUCAACAAAGUGUUAGCUGUGUGUGUGUGUGUGUGUGUGUGUGUGUGUGUGUGUGUGUGUGUGUGUUGGCUAUGUGGUUGAGCUUUGAAAGUUAGCUUUUACUGAACAUGCGUGUUACUAUUUUUUGUUAUCAGAGCUGUGUAGCUGUUGGCUAAGCGUGCACUCUUCACAUACAACACUUUCACGUUGUCGUAAGUUCGAAGUCAGAAUUUGUGAAUUUUGAACAGUUGACUCCCAUUUUGAAGAAAACUUGACAAACCAGUGACAAAAUGGCUCCAAAGAAACCUUCACUGGCAUUAACGUCUAAAUUAAACACGGAUAUGAUCCAUUCUACUAAUUAAAAUGAAGCUACACACUGUUGGCGUCUCAUUUUACUUGCUAACAGUCAUAAUGAUGUGAAAUGUCUAAAAAUGAAUCAUUGAGGCUGAGUAAUAAUUAACCUGGUAUAAGUACAUGAUGGCAAUGUGGCUAAUAAUGUGUUGGCAUUCUCAAAUUGUCUCUGAUUCUCCUGACGUGACAUGAAAGCAGCAUUAGCUUAAUGUUCAGUAUGAAGAGAUUAGCUUAAUGUGUGUGUCUGUCAGUGUGUAGGGUGUAUGUAAGUUAAACUGUGCUUUACGUUGGCUAGCGUGUGUGUGUGUGUGUGUGAGACAGUUAGCGGGCUGUUUGGUGUGUUAGCUUUGUGUUGUCUGGAUUUUGCUUCUCCAAUAUGUUUGUUUACGAGAUGAUUUUCUACAUCUACCAAUGUGAAAGUAUUUUCCCCCAACAGGAUUUUGGAUCUAGCCGUUAGCUUGUUUGACGCACGUUGUUUAGAUGUGUCAGACUUGUGAUUUAGCCUUCAGUCAGCCAUUAAUGCAACAUUUGUGUAGCUUGGUUGAGGUGUACUUCCAACUUUAGCCGUGUGUUUGUCAGCACUGUGUGUGUGUGUGUUAGCUGAACGCGGUGUGUGUGUGUGUGUGUGUGUGUGUCGGACCACAGAGAGGUUUGUCUUGGGUUGAGGGAGAUCUGGCUGUUGUUGAGUUGAAUAUUGAAUCAGUGGUUCUGCUUCUUGUCUGUGUGAUGAUGAUGACAUAAUAAUAAUAAUGAUGACGAUAAUAAUGAGUUCUCCUGUACAGGGGUCUAUUUAAAUCUGUUCAUCCAGUUAUGAAUAUUCAGUUUGUCGAUAAGAUAAUAUGGUUUGUGUAAAUUUCCACUCUCUGGCGGGUGCUCUCCAGUUAAAAUGUACUUUGUUAUCCUGUUAAAAUGAGAUUGUUUAAUUCACAUGUUGUGUCUAACCGAUUUGCAAAGAGAAGCUGUGUAUGUAUUCUCAAGACUGCUAGGCUAACUGUCUCUAUCUUCUCCUCGUCUUUCUGUCUCUGUCUGUCUGGACGUCGCCACGUUGAAAAACUGGCGGGAUUCUUCAACGUGUCUGUAAUCGGACCAGCGCCAUCGUCUCAGGCAUGUUGAACUGUCCCGCGGCUCGUCGGCGUGGCGGCCCCGAGGCGAGGAGAGCUGUAGUGAGGGGGUUCCUCCCUGAAAAUUAUUAAAAACUCUGGAGUGGACGAUGGUCUUGUGUCCAGUACCAGGCUUGGUGUUGUACUGGGUCUAAACCAGUGACCAACUGAUGGGCAGGGGACUGGACACGACGCCACCCGUCCACUCCAGUUUAGAUCUUCCUAGUCCCAGACCCUGAUCCUGAGGGAGACGGGGAGCUUUUUGGUUUCAUGGUUUCUGUUGUUUUUCUAAUGGACACACGUCCUAACUGUAACCUGCAGAUUUUUCUAUUAGAUUCUAUUGACAGAUAGAGUUGUGUAUGAACCCGAGCCACGAGACUGUCGGUGGCCGAGGAAGAGGAAGAUGGAUGAUGAUGAUGAUGAUGAUUAACAUGAGGGCUAAUAAACAGGCUCAUUCUUUCUGA